UCACUGGUUGACCUGACUCACGUGACUGUCACAUUUUAUUCAUAUCAUCCCCGUGAGGUCUCUUACCAACAUUAUCUGAUUAACAAGAGCGGACGUUGACUUAGUGCGACCUCGCACAAGUGUCCAGACAUUAAUUAGAGUUGGGUCCUCUCGACGGUCAGUGUGUCAUUCAUGCAAUGCCACGAUGAGCACGUUCUUAGAUUAUACAGUAAUGGGUGGAGGAGAUGCUGGUGGCGCGUGCUCCGUGAGAACAUUCCACGCAGAUCAUGGAAUUACAACUUUUCAAUCCUGUGCUGUUGCGGUGAGUAAUUGUGUCGGGGAAGAUCGCUUCCUUGCAGGUAGAACAUCUCCGGACACAGGGCCCGUGUCUCAUGUACAACAACCUGGCUCCUAUCAGUCUCCCAGUAGCUCGCUGAGCAUUGCGUAUGGCACGCACGCGGGCUAUGGCACGCCGGGCUUUUGCUCAAGUUACAACCAUUACGCGCUGAAUCAGGAAGUAGACACAGCAGUUGGUCUUGCACAGUGCGCGCCCAUCGUUUACUCCGGGAACAUAUCCUCGUCAGUGGUGCAGCAUCACUCCCACCUCACGCAUCGGCAAGGUUACAGCGGCGGCAGCGCACAUCUUCACGGACCCCUCCAGUUCGCUGCUCACACGUCGUGCGGCCAUGGCCAAGAGCAGCCCAGCUUAGCCCUCCUGACAGCAGGCUGCUCAAACGCCUUGUCGCCUUUGACGGCGAGCCACCACGAUGCGUGUUGCCCAUCGCUGACAGAAAGCGCUUUCAACGCCCAGACAUUUGACUGGAUGAGGGUGAAACGGAAUCCACCGAAGACAGGGAAAGCAGGGGAAUUUGGCUUCAGUGGGCAGCCCAAUACCGUCCGCACAAAUUUCACCACCAAACAGCUGACAGAGCUCGAGAAGGAGUUUCACUUCAACAAGUACCUUACCCGUGCGAGGAGAGUGGAAAUCGCAGCUGCGCUCCAGUUGAACGAGACCCAGGUUAAGAUCUGGUUCCAAAACCGGCGCAUGAAGCAAAAGAAGCGUGAGAAAGAGGGAAUGCUCCCUAAAUCACCGUGCAACACCGGGAGCAGCCCAGGAAAAGGCGAUGAUGGAUCGGAAAAGUCUCUCUCUAGCCCAUCUACACCAUCUCCUGUAUCCUCCAGUUGAAGUUCACAUGCAUUUGUCCGUUUUCAGACGCCCUUCGCAUGAUAAUCAGCACGAGGAGGUAGAACACUUCCUCCCUGAUGCGACAUAAAUUAUUGUAGAAAAGAAGAACAAUCAUGGAACACAUGUAUCAUAUGGGAUUAGAUACUUGUACAUUUAUACCAAUGCUGGCUGAGCGUGCAGUUGCUGUUUUGUUUGUCGAUUGCUGUGUACACUGUUCAGGUCCGCCUUUUGACUGUUUUCUGUGGUAGGCUGAUAAUGCCUGUUGCGUGAGGCUUCAUUGUAACAUAACACUGAGUUUUAUCAGUCGCAGAGGAAAAUACUUUUAUCUUUGUUAAAUCCUAUGAAUUGCUUUAACCAAAGAUUACGGGUCAGUGUCUAAAUUAAACGUCUGUUUGUUGCUAUGAAA